CCGGAUAGGGGUCCUGUUAUUACUGCGUUCUUUUUUUCUGUCUCCCGAGGGAAAGGGGAUCCGUUUUUUACUGUGUUUUUGCUCUUUUGCUGGUCUCGAUUCUGUGGUUGAAAUAUGAUUAUAGGGGAUUCAGGAGGGGAUUUUGUGCAUAGUUAUUAGUCCGGGUUUGGCAUUGAGGUGAAAAUAGUUCCGUAUGUUGUCAACUGUCAACGCACUGGUUGCCGGCUACCGGUAUCUCAGAUGGAGCUACCGUGUGAGGAAUGUUGGUAAUUGAUUGUUAGUGGUGACUAACUCUAUUCGAGAUGCCAUGACAGUUUCUCUUGGAGUGACUACGAGUAUUCUGAUACUAAUCUUCUGGGAUUUGACUUCUUAUCACAGUCGCAGAUAGUUUCCCCGCGGUAAGCUUCCCUCCUUCCUUCUCGCAUCACAACAACCAAAAUGACUACCCCCGUCAGCCCCCUCCUAACAACCCUCCUCUCAAUCUGCACCCACGACCUGCGCAUCCUACACCUAAGCGAAUCCAUAACAGCCGCAUUCCCACCCGACCUGACACGCUCCUCUGACGUCUCCGAUUCGCUCUCCCCUACGACGCCCGCCCCCGCAGCCCUACAAGCGGACCUAAGCCACUACAAGGAGCUUUUCUCGAAACUGCGCUUUAGCUACCUGGAGCAGGUGACCAAGGAGAAGUUCCUGCGUGCAAUCACCGAAGAUGCCCCGUUGGUGGUUGAGGCGGGUGAGAAUGAGGAGCUGGAGGCAAGGCUUGCAAUAGCAAAGGGGGAGCUGCGGAGGAGUAAGCGUGAGGUGGAGGGUAUAUUGGCAGAGUUGGAGGGGUUGAGUCGGAGGCUUUCUGAUGGUUCAUUGCCCCCUCUCUUCCCCUCUCUUUUGUUUUGUUUCGCGGUUGGCUAAUGAGAAUGGCAGAUCAUAAGAUUGUAUUAGACUACAUUUCCAAAGCCACCACUCUCCCAUCACAAACUGCAGAAAUGGAAGUCGAAAUCGCGAAUCUCGAGAUGGAGCAAAAUUCUGCCACCUCUCCAUCCUCCUCACUACCUAGACUCCCAUUAUCAGACACGCUAACCCUCCUCUCCGCGAACGAGGCUGAGCUAGCAAGGCUUCAGAAGGAACUUGCCGAAGCAGACCUGGCGUUACCAAAGAAGCGGGCGCGCCUAGAAGCGCUGGAGAGUGAGAUCGGACCGAUGGAGAUGGAUAAGGAGGGGCUGGAAAAGUUUGCUUCCGAGGCGGUUCGGAUGAGGGAUUCUGCGAGGGCUGAAGGGAAGGUCGAUAGGGAGAGCAUGGGGAGGUGGUAUAAAGCUGUGUUUGAUGGGUUGGAGGGGGUCUUGGUGGACCGGUAGGAUAUAUUGUGCUAUUGUUAUCACUCCCCUUCGAAUCGCUGGAUCUUAUGGAGUUUUGGCUGUGAGGGCUGGGGAAGUGGCUUAUUGGCAUAGAACCCGUGGGCUUUAAUCGAACCGCUUGGACAGGUGGCAUUACCAAUAUUAUUCCUCUCUCUGGGUAUAAGGUGCUCUUAUAUAGCGGAUAGUAGCUUCCAUCAGUUCAAGUCAACGAAUUGUUGGUCCUAUUCCUCGAAAUUGCAAACGCCAGUUAUUC